AUGAACACCGUACCUCCCACUUACAGCGAUCCUGAAUGGCGCUGGCCCUUUGGAAAGUUUGGUCUCAGACACAAGGACCUCUUUACCACCCUUCACGAUCGCUUCAAUACUCAAACGUUGCCUCUGCAAGACCUACCGGCAUUCCAUAGCGAUGUCUGCGAACUUGUUCUUGAAUGCGACACUUUGCAAGAGCUCUACUCAGCGCUAGAAAAACGCAAGGCGAAGCGUAUCGAACAGUUGAGAACGGCAUGGGAUGAUAUCGCCGACAUUAUCAUGUCACGCCCGGCGAUCAUGGGCUGCAGGGUCUGCUACGAGGAUGGCUUUGAAGAUACAGAGAGGCCACCGGGAUCACUAAACGACACAAGGUUGGAACGUUGGGGGCACUUUAUCCAAUACGCCCGAACUCCAUCGUUUGACAACAUUGUCACUUUUUUUGAUGGCUAUGUCAGGGAUGAACGCAAGAAUCCCAGGGCAAAGUGGAAGGGGAGACGCCGAGGACCAGCUAUAGAGGAUGAUCCCUCUACGGCCACUCCAGGUCCUACGGAGGCAGCCGAGGAACACAAUCAGCCAGAGCCGUCACGCAAAGCGUCUCCAGAGGCCCCGACAGCCUCGACGUCUUCAGGAGCCCCGAGCGACCAGCGGCGCACAUCCGCGCCGAGAAUUCCUGUUGAAACGAGCACAGCAGGAAAAAGAACGAAUGAUGAAGACGCACAAGAAUCCAAACAGAAAAGACGACGCGUGAUGAGUGAAAGUGAUGGAAAUAGUGACACGGAGAGGCUUGCUACCAGUCGAGGCAAGUCGAAGGCCGCGGAAUCCAUGCCGACUUCGAAGCGGGCCGAGAAACGCAAAAGGCCAGACGAUUCGGAAGAUGAAGCAAGAGACAAGCGGCCCAGGACUAGCUACAGUCCAGUGCCCGACCUUUUCCAGAUGAGAAAGCCAGGCCCAAGUGCCAGCGAUCUCGCCUCUUCAGUGAGCGGUCAGGCACCUCCCAAUCAACAUCUAGGAACUGUCGACGCCAGCCAAGCGCUUCCACGAGGAAGUGCUGAACAGCCCCCAGCCAAAGAUAUUCCUGCCGUCGCGGUGAAUUCGAAACGAUCCAAGGGCAUGUCUCGCGCCAUCCAUCGGCAUCGAGUCGACAAAAUACGGUCACGCAGGGAGCAAGAGACGUCGUCACCGGAGAAGCAGCCGCUUCAGAAGAGCCGCCGAGAGCGGAAAGCUUCGCCUUCCGUUGAUCAAGUCGUGCGCUCCAGACGAUCUUCCAGGCGGGAAGCCAGACAAAAGCUGUUGUUUCUUGACGAGGAUGGCACCCCAUGCGUGGCUGCUUAUAAACGGGAGAUUUAAGUGUCACGAUGAUGAUGAUAUCAUCAGGGCGUACAGGAGGAACAUGGCCAGGGGAAGGGGGAGGAUUCAGAGCCGAGGGCUAUUCGACCAAAGGCACACCCAUUAACCUGGCAGGGCCGGGGGCAGUGGGCAGCCUUUACGUCGCAUGGACACGAGGCGGACGGUGACUGAGACCGAGUACUAGUCGGCCAGAGGGCAUACUCGUUAACCCGGCAGGGCUGGGGGCAGCGAGCAGUCAGUUGGCUUGGCUAACAGCUCACAUGUGGU